CACUACACGACAUAGUUAAUUUCCUUCAGUCUGAAUAAAAAUGGUUUGUUGGAUCCUUUUGAUUCUAUCUUGUGUCAGUGUUCAUGGUUUGCAGGUCAACGAUAUGAAACAAAAUUUAGAAAAUGCUGUGUAUGAGAUGCAAAAAGUGCUACGUAGGCAAACUUUGUACAUUACGAAACUCGAGAAAAGGCUUGAAGAUCAGGAAGUGUUGAUCUCUACACAAGCAGAGAUACUGAAAAGUAACCAACGUAAGUUAGAACGUCUGGAUAAAACUGUGUUGGAACAGAAGGAACUAAUUUUGGAUUUGUUAAAGAAAAGUAAUGAAAAAAAUACUGCAGAAAAACAGGACGUUGGAAAAGAUCAUACGGCCAGCAAUAGUUUGAUUUACUCAGAACACAACCAAAAUGGAAGCUUUCUAUCAAAAUCAAUCAAUUUAAGCCGUCAAACUGCAAAUAACGAGAGAUUGAUUUUAAGACCAAAACGAGCUUUAGUAGCAGAUACUGGAGUAGCAUUCUAUGCAUAUUUGACUACAGAAGAAAAAGAUCCAGGACCAGGCCAUACCCUUAUCUUUCGGACGGUAGUUACCAAUGCUGGUAACUAUUAUAAUCAUCACAAUGGAAUAUUUACUUCCCCUGGUCACGGAGUAUAUGUAUUUUCGUGGACUAUUUCAGUAUGGGAUUACAUUGGAACAGAAGUACUAGUCAACUCACAUCCAAUUGGGGCAAUGUACACAACUGCAUAUGAUGUACCAGACAUUAGGACAACUACUGGGGUGGUUGUUGUUAUGCUCAAUGAGAAUGACGUUGUUUUUGUCCGGGUAAAUGGGAAUUCAACCAUACCUCGUAAAGGGCACAUUUUUAGCGAUUCCCAUUAUAAAACUUCGUUUUGUGGAUGGAAACUUUUCUAAAUAUGAAGUUGUCAUGUACAUUGUUCUAGACUUAGUGCGUAAAAUAUUUUGUGAGCCUCUGUAUAAUUAAUAAAAAAACAGUGAGUUUCAAAUUAAUAGUAGGGUAUUCAUUCU